GGUUUGGGUUCAUAGUACUCACUCGCAUGCGCGUCACUAGCUCGUGCAGUGCAAGACUUUACCUAACACAUUUUUUGCAUGAGCCUGUGCAUAUAAAAAUUGAAAUACCUCGACCAGGACAACUUCUUUGAGAAUAUAGCUGAAUCAAAAGUAGACUAUGUCGGCGAAACAGAAAUUGGGGGAAGAAGCGGUCGUGGGUGACAAGCCUUUUCGCGAAGUUGCUGGGCCGCAGAAUAUUUACAGCCUUGUGCUGCCAGAGGCGAGUUCUAAGGCUCCCUGCGCGCUCAAGGGUUGCGACAAGUGCGCUUACUGGCCGAACCCGGCGCCGUUCAACGAGAAAGAUAGUCGAGAGCGCUUGCGACACAUUGUGGUGUCGCAAAAAACGGGGCAUGUGACCGACGUGCGGCAUUUUCGUCCGCGCAGCGAUCUGCCCUAUAAUGUCGCCAAAGCCGACAAGUGUCUGGAUCUCGCAAAGCUAAAACCGGAGUGCAUUUUCGAAGGCGAAAGCACGGCCCUAUCGCUUCGGUCCAAGCCGGUGGGUUUCUGGACGCUGUAUCGAGACCGAUGCCAGGGACAAGUAGUGUUCUGUUCUCGAGAAUGCGUCCUAGAGUGCUACACGCCACCACCCGAGAAACCAGUAUAUAGCGACAAAGGCUGGGACCUCACGCGAGAGCUGCUACGGGGUGCGCCGGAAGCAGAACUCGUACCCCUUGCGAGAAAAUGCAGCGAAGAGGACAUGAACUUCCGGGAGCCCGUGGAAGGUUUUUAAAGUGAAUUCUUCAUUUAGUCACGACAUCAACGAACAUAUUCUCACUCUUUUUGUUUGUAACUGGGCAAACUUUCAAAGAAAGAUGGGUCAAGAUCUCUAUGUCGUAUUGAUAUCUCGUCUUCAAAUUUGCCCGCCGCUCAAAAAUUGAGUGCAAGAAUAAACCAGCAAUGAUUUUUAUAACUACCUAAUAUGACGAAGCCCUCUGUGGCUGUGUGUCCCCAUGAUCAGGUCUGUCGGCUCUGCAUCUGGCGGUGCGCGACAAGCUUUCGACAGAUUUCGUGCGGGUGUUGUUGGAAGGCAAGGCGCAAGUCGACUUGAAGAACAAAAGUGGUUAUACGGCUUUGCACUACGCGGCUAUGAACUGCGGCGAGGACUAUCGCGUGAUCCCCUGGCCGCAGCUGCGCGAGACCCGCUCCGACACGAUGGAUCUUUUAUGGGAGUUCAAGUGCGAUCUAAAUUCAGACACGGAGUUCGGUCGCACACCGCUCAUUCUCGCUGCCAUGAAUGGGAAUCGGCAAGCCGUAUUGUGGCUGAUCGAGCACGGCUGCGACCGCUACCGGCGCGAAUACUCUGGCGUGGCAGUGGAUUUCAACGCGCGGGAUUGGGCCGAAAAGAAGGGCGAAGCGAUGCUGUGCAUGCUUUUUGACGAUGUCGAGAAAGCGGAGCUGCGCAAGGACUGGGCACCAGGGCAACCCUUUAUCGGACGGGGAGCAGCUAAUGAUCCGGAUUACCGGUCCAGCAGUGAGGAAGAAGACCCCUUGGCGCGCUUUGCCAAUCGAAGGGGGGGAGCGUCAUCUUCCUCAGCUUCAUCGGACGCCGGUGGGAACAACAGCAGAAAAAAUGUCAGUGUACCACAAGUAGGAGCUGUGCCAGCCGCUGUCAUCGCGGAUAAGCCAGCAGCAUCUUCGUCGUCGGAUCAACCGGGAGGAUCUACCAGUGCUGCCGUUGCACCUUCUAGCGAUGCCCCACUGGUCGGCGAUAGGACUAAAAAUGAACUGGCGGGGCCACCUGGAGAGCAGGAUGCGAUUUCAGAGAAAAAUGAGGCGCGUCCAGAAGCACAGUCAGCAGAAACUGCGAGCCAGAUCAGCAUCAGCAGUGCAGCGUCGCUGGAAAAAACGCGAAGGGCAAUGACAUCAUCUGCAGGCUCGGGAGGUGCGGGCGCCAGACGUGUAGGUGUCGGGGGAGGGCGUAGAUAGUGGAUCUGCAACUUUGGCCGAACAUGAUUGAACGUACGCGAUGAACAUUUUUUUUUCUGCACCGAUCGAUGUAAGAGAUGUUGCAUAAAAUGAGAAAUGUCAUGCAGAGCCACGACGACAGGCAUGAUAGGAUUUUCUUUUUUAGAAAAAGUGGUAACCGACUCCAUCUAUGAUGGCAAGAGUUUGAAC